CGCGGUGUCAACAUGGCAGCGCUCUGCUGGCUCUAGGGGCAGGGGGCUGGAUGGAGUGAGCCCCGCGGGGCCGGCCCGGGCGAGCGGCCGGGGCAUGAGCUGGCGCAGACAUGGCGAGCGACGGCGGCCGCAAGCAGUUCUGGAAGCGCAGCGCGGCCAAGGUGCCGGGGAGCAUCCAACAUGUGUAUGGAGCUCAGCAUCCACCUUUUGAUCCACUAUUGCAUGGAACCUUGAUAAAACCAGGAUCCAAGGCACCAACAACUCCAGUGAAACUGAAGAAAGUCAGUACCUUCCAAGAAUUUGAAAGUAAUACAAGUGAUGCUUGGGAUGUUGGGGAUGAUGAUGAUGAACUUUUAGCAAUGGCAGCUGAAAAUUUAAAUACUGAUGUGGUCAUGGAAACAGCUCACAAAGUAAUUCAGAAUCACAGCAAGUUACAAGAGCAGCAUAAACUUCAGGAGGAACAGAUACAGGAAGAAAAAUCGGUGCAAACUUCCGAACUUUCUUCAGUUGCCCUCGGUGACAACAGGCUGGUCAAGUCAGUCAGUGAAAGUCAUGCAUCAUGCUCUGCAGAUGGUGCUAGUGAAAAUUCUUCUAUGCAGAGAUCCCAGUCCCUUCCCCAUGAUCCCACAGUACUGCCGGUGGGUGGAAUGACAGACUAUAGAAUAUCAACUACUGCUGCACUAACUGAAAGAGAAGCAUCCCGAUUAGAUAAAUUUAAGCAACUACUUGCUGGCCCAAACACAGAUCUUGAGGAGUUACGAAAGUUGAGUUGGUCUGGAAUUCCCAAACAAGUUCGUCCAAUCACAUGGAAGCUCCUCUCAGGUUACCUUCCUGCAAAUGUGGAUAGAAGAGAAGGCACUUUACAGAGAAAAAGGAAAGAGUAUUUUGCUUUUGUUCAACAAUAUUAUGACUCAAGAAAUGAUGAAAAUCACCAGGACACAUACAGACAGAUUCAUAUAGAUAUUCCCCGCAUGAGUCCUGAAGUUUUAAGGCUUCAAGCUAAAGUAACUGAGAUCUUUGAACGAAUUUUGUUUAUCUGGGCAAUACGGCAUCCAGCCAGUGGAUACGUUCAGGGAAUAAAUGAUCUAGUUACUCCUUUUUUUGUGGUCUUCAUGUGUGAAUAUAUAGAAGAAGAAGUGGAAAAUUUUGAUGUUUCCAGUCUGCCUGAAGAAGUGCUGCAGAACAUUGAAGCUGACAGUUAUUGGUGCAUGAGCAAGUUGCUUGAUGGCAUUCAGGACAACUAUACCUUUGCACAGCCAGGGAUUCAGAAGAAAGUGAAAAUGUUGGAAGAACUUAUUCGUCGGAUUGAUGAGCAAAUACACAGGCACCUGGAUCAACAUGAAGUGAAAUACUUGCAAUUUGCUUUCCGUUGGAUGAAUAACUUGCUGAUGAGAGAAGUUCCUCUGCGGUGUACCAUAAGGCUAUGGGACACUUACCAGUCUGAACCAGAAGGUUUUUCGCACUUCCACUUGUAUGUGUGUGCCGCCUUCCUUGUCAGAUGGAGGAAAGAGAUUCUUGAAGAAAAGGACUUCCAAGAAUUGCUGAUAUUUCUACAGAAUUUGCCCACAAUGCACUGGGGAGAUGAAGAUAUUAGUGUCCUUCUAGCAGAAGCCUACAGACUGAAGUUUGCUUUUGCAGAUGCCCCCAAUCAUUAUAAAAAAUGAGUGUAGGAAAUCAGAAGUUCUAAGUUCAAUUUGUUCUGCAGUAUUAUGGCUUUCAUUAUUCUGGUUUGCACUUUCAUACAAUUACUAAUACUUGCAUUUGAAAAAAAAAGAUACCUUUAGGAUUCUCUGAGCAUUUACACAAUGAGAACGGAAUACCAAAGAAAUAGAGUAGGAUACAGAGCAUUAUAGAACUGGAAAAGUGAACUUUCAUGCUCAACACACAAAAAUGAAAUAAGUUCAAUUGUCUUUUGUAGCAUUUUGUCUUUUUUUCCUUUAGCAAUUAAGACAUUUAUUGUAUGAAUGUGGAAAAUAUGUUAUGUUCUUUUGUUUAGUAACUCAUAUGCAACUGCGAGCUUUGAAGUCUCUUAUGGGAAAUAUUGUGAGAUUGUAUAAUUAUUCCUAUGUAACCCAUACUAGUCUUGGUAUCUUUACUAACCAAUAUUUGUCUAUAAAAUAAAUUGUUUAAUCUGAGUAGAAAAGGGGGCAAAUCAUAAUUAUGAAGGCUGUUUAGGGAUGGUAGGCCCCACAAUCUUUUUAAAUUUUGAAAUUGAUAACACAUUUACAUUUCUUACAGUGAACCAAAUUAUGAAAAUUCUAAUAAAACCACACAGUAUAUGGCAGCCACCAAAGGUUGUCACAGAGACCUUGUGCCCUCCUUAAUCCCUGUGCUAAAGAAUUAAUUAAACUUUAAGGAUUCAUUCCCAUAACUCAAAAUGAACUCCCCUUGCAAGCAUUACAUUUUGGAAUAUUUCUCAAAUGCACUGAAUAAAUAGGAAAUAUACUUUUGCUAUGGGAAGUAAAUGCAUAAUUUAAAAAGUUAGCUUAAUUAUUUGUGAGCAUGAAAGUUCAUUUUAAAGGAAUGUCUGUUCUGCGGCUUAGUUUACAAAGCAAAAUGUGUUUUAAUCUAUUUUUGCCUUAUUCUCCUUAUCUGACACGUUAAAAUGGAGAGAGUGGUGGGCAGGGAGGGGAGGGAGAAAAUACAUCUGUCCUUUUACUCAUCUGUAAAAUAACUUUAGUAAACUGUUUUCUAAUCAUUGUGCAGGGGAAGUGAGAAGAAAGUUCCUGUUAAGUUUAAUGAUAGUUGUAUGCCCAAAACACCUCUUGCAUCACUGGAGAAUUAAAAAGCCCGUAUCACUUCCUGUAAUUCAGUUAGUGGGUUUUUUGAAUUGUUUGUACUCCCUUAAUUUAGUAUAAUAUAAGUGAAAUAAUUAUUUUCAGAACAUACUAUAGGAUAAGAGUUCUGCCAUGAUUUUUUGGGUGUAUCUGAACUCAUGUUGAUUUUGUGCCUACCUUAUUUAUAGGUUCCUAAAGUAGUGAUUUGCAAGAGCCAAUAUACUAAGAGGUCAAAGUUGCUUUUUUAACACGCUUCCAGAAUGAAUCAUACAGUGUUGGUAUCAUAACUAUAGAAAGUAUUAAUACGCUUUUUAUGUUUUAUGUCUUCGAGAGGACUUAUGUUAAGAUAUUAUGAUAGAAAGUUAUUCACAAGCUCUUGCAAAAUAUUUACCCACCCAUUUUGGUUUGAUUUCUUUUGGAGGUCCUUGGUUCUUAACUAAUAGGUAUAUCAAGAUAAAUAAAAUAACAAUAAUUCAUACCAAUUUGUGCUGUUAUGUAGGAUUUGUCCUUUUUAAAUGACAUGGAACUGCGGAUGGAUGGGAGGAAACUGACCUGAACAAUUCCUAAGCCAAAAGGUUUGUUUUCCAAGUUAUGGCUGUAUUCCUUUGAAAUCAAUGGAAUUGUUCAGUUCAGCAGAAGCAGGCUCAGACUUCUUGGGUCACUGUGUUUGUGCGUGCAGUACAUAGUGGAUGUAAACAUCUUAAAUGUAGUCCCAAAAUCUUAGUUUAACUUUAAUUAAUGAUUUGAUGUUUCAUGGUUUCUCAUUAAGUUUACAAAGAACAUAUUAAUGUGCCUAAUGGAAUAUCUGAUAGUAACAAAAUACAUGAAGCCUGAAAUAUAUGUGACCAUUUGCUAUAGUUAAAUAUAAGUAUCUAUAAAAAUAUCUGUUAAUAGAAAUGCAUAUUGUAACUAACAAAGGAGACAGAAAACAUGCAGCAGUAAACAUAUAAUGUUUUGUCUUGUUUUGUAAUUAACUAUUUUAUUGAGACGAGAUAAUAUGUAAUAUUUAAAAUUGAUCCGAAGUGGUCUGCUGUGUCAGAUGCUACUAUGUAACAUUAAUGAGGCUGCAUAUAUAUUUUUAUUUCAGAGAGCCCACUUGGCUUGACUGCCACGUCUUCCAAAUUCAAAGAAUACAUAUCACUUCCAAUUAAAGGAGGUGCUAUCAUGGUCCCAAAAGAGGCAUGUUGUAUCCAUGUCAAAAAUGAAAAAAAAAUUAGUACAUUGCUUUAAAAAUUAUGACGAGUUUCCUAAUGUACUGAUUAUAUAUAGUUAUAUAUAUAGGAUAUUUUUCAGUAAAUAGGAGUCCAGCAUAUUUUUAUGUGAAAUUUCCCAAUCCUCUAAAAUUUAAUGUUCAACUUUUACUUGUAUAAAGUUAAUUACCGUUGCAUUUUAAUAGUUAUGCAUCUCAGGUAAAAUGCCAUUCAAACCAAAAUAUUACAUAUAAAGAGGAAAUAACUGUCAUUUUACAUCCAUAGACUUAUUUUUUCACAAUUAAGAAUAAAAAUAUUAUGAAAAUAGUAUGUAUUUUCUUAUGGAUCAGUAUUUUUAAACAAACAUCUUGACACAUCAUUAGUGAGUCCAAUCUGUAAUUUCAUAGGAUUGGUAUGAAAAUACUGAAGUUUGUUUUAUCUAAAAUGCAGUGUGUUACAUAAAAUUAUUUAACAAAAAUGAAAAUAAAAGUGUAAAAAAUAGAAAAACAGAUUGAUGAUUAUAGUAUUUGCAUAGAAGUGUAAAUAUUAAAUUAAUCAAAUAUGUAAAUAUACAUAGAUGAACAUAAGACCCUGAUUUUAAAGUCUUACAUUCAUCUUUAAUACAUUAUAAUAUAUUAGGUUACACUUGUUCUUUGGCUUAAUUUCAUAUGGAAAAGCCCAUGGAUUUGUAUUUAAAUUCAGAUUCAUAAAAUAAAAUAUAAGUACACAAAGUUUAGUUGUAUGUUUAUGACAGAUAUUAACACCAGGAUCAUUGUUUCAGGAGGCAUUUUAAAGUUGAUUAAAGAUAAUGAAAUAAAUACAUAUUUAUACCAUGA